AGGAACACAAGGGGAUACAAAAUAUUAACAAUUUUACCGGAGGUCGAGGAGGUGGAACUCGACCUCACAUAUAGGCUCGAUGAUGACGAGCAAGUGAGCAAAAUGCAGUAAAGCAGAGCUCGGUUCUCUCGGAUGGGAUGGAAUGGAUGUUGAGGAGAAGGACAUGGAGUUGGAAGAGGAGGAGGAGGCGAAAGGGGAGUACAAGCUGCAUUAAUUGGAGGAGGCCUUCUCCUCCUCUCGGCCACUACUACAUGGACCAGUGCUCCAACAAAAGGGUAAAUGAUUGAUCCCGAAACACGGACGAUGAUGAAGAAGACGGUCCCCCGAGUGCUUGGACGGCACGAUGAAGGUGGAGGCACCACCCGAGAAAGAGUCGGAGACCAGCAAGAAGAGACCCGGAUCUUGUCAAGAAAAGGAUCCACAUCCAAGUGUCUGUGUCCCUGGGAUGAUGAUGAUGAUGAAGAAAAUGAUGAAGACGGUCUUCAACCGGGUGCUCACUGUCCCGGUUACUUGGACGGCAAGAUGAAGGUGGUGACACCACCCAACAAAGAGUCGGAGACCAGCUCCGAGAAGAGACCCGGACGGCCAAAAGGAUCCACAUCCAAGCAUCUGUGGCCCUGGGAUGAUGAUGCCUACACAGAAUGGACGUUAGGCCCUCAGAAGAAAAGAGUUGGCCAAAAACCUUCAGAAAAAAGGGUUGAAGGCCAAAAGGGUUGAACAACAAAACACUAAAUCAGAGAUCAGCGUUUUGUGUAAGCGGUGUGAGUCAACCCGUCCUCUCCGCCACAUCUGGGAUCAGCUCAAAUCAGCUGUAUUCAACUGAAAUAUCAGCUGUAAUCAGCAGUGAUGUGAACAGCUGACUCAAGCAACAAUUUUAUCUCAGUCUUACGCAGCAGAUGAUAAGUACCAACUACUCCUGGUUUUCCUAUAGUAAGGUCCACGUUAUAAUGGCAGUAUUUGAUCAACAUUGGUGUUGCUAUCCUUGUCUAUAAUUCGACAGAGCUGAUGGUGCUAUCCUUUUCUAGCUCCACGGCUGGCCGGAUCGUUUUUAAAAGUGUAGAAAUAUAAUUAACAAAAUAUUCACCUCAAUAAUGAAAAUUGAUUAUUUAAUCAUUGAUUAAGUUUUAUACAUAAUUUUUUCGACAAAUAAUCGUAAUAUAAAUGAGUAUUUUCAACAAGAAUGAACAGUUGAUAUUACAUCAGAUAAACCGGUAUCAGCUAUCCUCAGUGGAAGCCAGUGGAUGAGAAUCGGCAACGCAGUUCUUAUAUCCUUCUCCACUGCCAUUAAAACGUCUACCUCACUAAAGAUAUAUUUGUAGCCGUAGUUUAGAUUCUUUAUAGUAACUGUAGAGUUGAACCUGUAUUAUUUGUAUUUCUGAAUUCUAUUUUAUUAAUGUAAUUAGUUUAGAUUAUUCACUUGUCUAUUGUCCAAUAGAACAUCGAAUAUGAUUCAAUGUUCAAUUUGAGAACCAGGAGUUGCAAUUUUCAUAUUAUUUUUUAUCAUUGUACAUUCAAAAUAACUAGGUAGCUUCGUAUUGAUUUUCCAGACUUCUAAUUGAACAAGGGCUUAACAAUUAUGAAGUUUGGUUUAAAACUGAAGAUUCAAUUUUUUUAUUAGGUAUGUGGAAUUGAAUUUCACAUUUUAUUCAACUCUUGGAAAACACUUUAUUUAUUUAUUCAUAGACAAUACAUACAAUUCAGAUGAAAAAUCUGUUCUUAGAUAAUACAUACAAUUCAGAUAAAAACUACCGGCAUUCAUCCAAAACUUCUAUAUAAUUCUUGUUAAAUAUUUCAAAAAUUUUCAAUGGAACAUGAAAUUCAAUGUUUAUAAUACCAACUUAUGAAUUAUUUACUUAUUCGUUUCAUUUCAUAGUUGACCGAGCGAAGUGAGGUCUAAGAGCCUGUUCACAUGACAGCGAUAUAUGUUCGGUUGUCGCUCGGUUGACAAACCGAGCGGUUGUCAGGUAUAGGGAAACACAUGGUGCCAUACACAUGCAUCGCUCGGUUUUAGUAGUCGCCGGCGAAUCGCGGCGGUUGUAAUCUCAGACUAAGAUUCAAGUCGACGGUUUGGCAUUUCUC